AGUAUGGCGUCGUCCUGCGAAAAUCCCAUGCUGUCAGAUGCAGAAUGGCUUGUUAUGAGAGCAAGGGGAUACGCAAAAUCCGAUCCAUGGGCAGCAAAAGCUUGGCUGAUUACUGCUCGAACGCUUUUUCCAGGAUCCUUUUUGAUUCAGUUUGAGUCAUACCAGUUAGAAAAAGGAGCCAGGAAUAUUAAAGAUGCCGCUGUUCAUCUUGAAGAUAUGUUGAAGAAUUUCCAACAUGAAGGUAAUCUAUGGAAUGAAGUACAGUCAAUAUUGGAAGCAUUACAGACAGAUACUGGUAGUCAAGAUUCUAAAAAUAACUUUCUUACAGAAAUAUUUGCUGCUACCCCAACACAUGUUCAAUGUCAGAUGUUAUUAUCUGUAGCUGAUAAAAUGAAUGAUGUAUUGGAAAGAUGUAGAUUACUUUUACUUGCCAUGAAAAAAUUCCCAAAUCUUGUUACAGAACAUGGGUUAAAGUUGGUAGAAAUGUUAUGUGUUGAAGAAAGUAGAACCAGAAUGACCUCCCCUGUUAAUUGUUACAGAAAGUUAUUUGUUUGUGAUAUACUGCCCCUGGUUCUACAGAAAAACCGUCAUUUAAAUAUUCCGCCUGGUCAGAUGUUUUUAUGGUUACAGAGAGCUGUAGAGUUUUAUAUCAGUUUUAUAACGCAACCAGCUAUAAUGGACACUCCACUUUCUCCAGAUAUGAUGUCACCAACAAAAGCCCUAGCUAAAAGAGUUGUGAGUAUUCCCGGUUUAUUAGAACGAGAAUGUCAGAUUACCGAUCCCUGGGGUAAUCUAUUCCGUCUGUUACAACUCGUUGGCAGCCAUGUUGGAUGGGAAAUGGAGGCAGAUGUUUUCACAAAAACAAGGGAUUAUCAGGAUAAAUGUGAUAUAUUUACAGGGAUUAUCAGGAUAAAUGGGAUAUAUUUACAGGGAUUAUCAGGAUAA